AUGGAGUUAAUAGAUACUAGAGAAAUGUUUACAUUGUUUUGAUUACCGGGUUUUCGUAAAAAGUGCAUGCUACUUCAGUAUUAAAUUCAAUUCAAAUCAUAUUUAAUCUAGUAAUACCUAUUUUUGUGUCUACAAUCAACGCUAAUUAUAUAUUAAAAUGGCUUCUUCAUUAAUGCCUUUGAAUCCUAAACCAUUUCUUAAUGGUUUAACUGGUAAGGCAGUUGUUGUCAAACUGAAAUGGGGUAUGGAAUAUAAAGGUUACCUUGUUAGUACCGACAACUAUAUGAAUUUACAGUUGGCCAAUGCAGAGGAAUUUGUUGGUGGUAACUUUGUUGGAAACAUUGGUGAAAUUUUGAUUCGAUGCAACAAUGUACUAUACGUAAAAGGGGUCGAAGAAGAAGAAGAAGAGGACGGAGAAAUGAGAGAAUAACAAGGACACGAAAAUCAAGGAUCAAACUCCCGAUGCUAUUCACAUAUUCGUAUACAAUUUUGUUUCCUCGUUAUUUGUCAUUUCAUUUCAUUUUGUAAACCGCAUCUAUUGCUGUCAACGAUAGCUUUCACGAUUAAUUUAUGAAGCUAUAAAAUGACACAAUUUAUUUUAUUUUUGCUUAAAAAGUCUUGGAAAUGCCAAAAAAUAAAAUAAAAUUGUUCUAAAAUAUA